AUUAGCAGGAAAUCGUUGCCAAUUUGCCAAAUGUCAAGUCAUCAAACUGUCGAAAAAUAGAAUAUAUAUUUACCGUUUUCCGCUCAUUGCACUUUGGGCAUUACAACUGCCAUUUGUUACAUUUAAUUAAGCAAUCCAAUUUACGCUAGUAAUGAGGUCAGCACAUGAUGUUAUAAAUGUUUGUGGCCAUUGUAAAUUACACCCAUUCGUUAAGCGAUGGUCAAACUUGUUUAUUGUUGGUUGACCUUAGUCCUGGUAUUUAAUUCAGGGGCACAGGAUCCUGAGGAAAGCACCACAGUGGCUACUUCUGGCGGGGAUUUGAGCGAGGAAAAGUGUAACAAGAAUCGUGAUGGCUGCUGUUCUGAGCUUUAUAUUGGCAACGAGGAAGACCUAACGAAAUGUUUCGUUAUACAUUCCCCCAAGUUGCCAGCGGAUGGAGACUCGGACAUUGGCAAGACUCUACGUUUUCUAUCGUGCUUUGUGGAGUGCCUGUACAAGCAGAAGAAGUACAUCGGUAAGAGCGACACUAUCAAUAUGAAAAUGGUCAAACUCGAUGCUGAAAAGAUGUACGAGAACCGACCCAAGGAGAAGGAGUAUCAUAUUGCCAUGUACGACUUCUGUCGCAAGGAUGCUGUGGGUGUCUACAACCUGCUGAAGGCCAGCCCAGGCGCCAAGGUGCUUUUGAAGGGCGCCUGUCGUCCCUAUCUAUUGAUGGUAUUCAUGUGCAUGAGCGAUUACCACCAGAAGCACGAGUGUCCCUACUUCCGAUGGGAGGGUACCACCAAGGCGGGCACAAAGGAACAAUGCGAAGAGGCCAAGGCCAAGUGUUAUGUUAUUGACGGGAUAACGCUUUAA